AUGCGCGACGACGGAGCGACGACAAUGCCGCCACGGCCGGCGCCAUCUCGGCCUCCUCCGUGGGAGGCGCUCUCCCUCGUGGCCAACUUCCUUGAUGCCGCGUCCCUUGCCGCGGCUUCCUGCGUCUCCACCUCCUGGCACGCCGCCUUCUCCGACGACCACCUCUGGGCGCGGCUCUGCCGCUGCCAAUACCCCUCCGCCAUCGGCCUCCUCCCCUUGUCCGACAGCAGCGUCAAUGCCGGCGACCGAUGCUCCUCGCCGCACCGCGGCCUCUUCGCGCUGUUCCACUCCGCCGCCUCCCGUGGCCGCUCGCUCCCAGCGCCUCGCCUGUCCCUCGCGGACGUCACAUUCGCCAUCGACCUCUUCGCGGCAGGCGGAAAGAACACGCUCUCGUUCGCCGUCGCUGCGUGCGACGCCGGCGUCAAGAAGGCCACCGGCGGCGUGUUCCAGUUCGCGGUGGACGUGAGUGACCGUAACGCUGUGGCCGGGCCGGGCGAGCACUGGAGCGUGCGGUGGACGGCCGUUCGGACGGGGCUCGGGGUCGCGCCUGCGGCGAUCGUGAUGAUGGACGCCAAGGUGCCGGCAUCGAGGGCCGGAGCGCUCGGCUCUGGCGUGAGGGGGGAGGCUUGGGCCACCGAGGCGCUGCCCGCGCCGGGAUGUGGCGGGGGGAAGCUGGAGGCUGAGGUCGUGGUCGAGGUGAGCGGAGAGGAGAGGCUGGUGGAGAAGGUUAGGCUCGGGGUGUUGUUGGAUUGCAGGUACGUGAGCGUCGACGAGGGGCUAAGAUACUUGCAGCAUUUCCUCUUGUAA